UAUUUACUCAUCCAUUAAACACUUACUGAGGGUUUCAUGUUUCAUGAAACCCUGUUUCAUGAAACAGGGUUUCAUGGCCCUGUUUUUGGUGCUGGGACUCUCAGUUUAAAAUCCACUUUCAUUUUAAAGUAGUUCUCUGGUCCUUCCUCUUGUCCAUUCACAGCCCCAAUUCUCUCCAGGAAUUUGUGACUAGAAGGCAUGGCAGGUCCCUAGGCGGAGGGUGAGGUAGGGCUGAUGGGAUGGGGACCAGGGCUGGAUUGUUGGGCGUCCUCAUGGGGUGUGACUACCCAUCCACCUCGGUCCUGGCCUUGGGUGCUGGACUUAGGACGUGUCCUACCUGCAGUACUGGAUCCAGGCUAGUGGGGAUUCCAGGAACUUCUUUAUCCAGCCACCAUGUGUUAGGUACUUGCCUUGUGCCUCACUCUCUCUGGACAGUGCUGGGGAUACAGCACAGUCAGGGCAGUCCUGAGCCCGGCUCUCACAGGUCUCCCAGUCCAGAGGUAACACAGACUUGCCAUCAGAUGGUGACAGCACCGAGUGGUCAGCUGUGAAAGCCUGAGGGUUAGGAGUGUAGUAAGGGGAGGUCUUCUGGAAAAGGGAACAAUUUUUUAAGUAGCCAGGGUAGUUUGUGUUUGCAUCCCCAUGUAGCCUAGUGUCCUCUCCCAGCAACUGGAGUCAUUUCUUUAUCCCCUCUGGAUAUGUGGUGUUCCCAGUGAUAUUGUGAGGGCCAAUGUUGGGGCACAGGAGUGCCAGUUGAGCCCCAUCCCUUGCCUAACAGGAAGUACCUCAGAGCCUUAUGAAUGGGACACAGGCUGCAAAAAGAGGAGGAAGGCUGACUAGUUUUGAGGUCAGGGAUGAGGCAUCUGAAUGUGAGAUGGAGCCAAAAUUGGUGGCUAGUUGGGCUAAAAGAGACCCUAGAGUGCCCCUCUCUGCCUGCUCAGGGAGAGCAGGAGGGGAAGGGCCGCAGAUCUCUCUGGAAAGUCCCCUUCCUUGCUGGUCCACAUGUUGGGCAACAGCACCCUCUGCUGGCUUCUCUGAGUAAAUUCUUAAAUUUAGUUCCCACCCAUCCGGUGUGGCAAAUGGGCCUCUAGGUCCCUUAUCCUGGCAAUGCAAAUGGGAAGUUAUUUCUCUGCUCCUGUCCAGUGUCUGGAUCAUUGCACCAGCCUCCUCACCGAUCUCCCUUACCUCCAGUCCCUUACCCUCAUGCCUUCCCCCUCCUGCCUGCUACCCGAAGGAUAAAGGAACUCAAGCUACUUAGUGUGGCUUAGAGAGGCCCUGUGUGCCUGACCCCUGGUGACCUCUCUGGCUUCAUAUUCUGGUGCUCCCCCUUUGAACUUAAGAUUGGUGGUUGGUUCUGGGGGAGUCACAAAUCUCUCAAUCCAAAUGCCAUCAGCUCUGCUUUGGAAAAUACACGUGUACAUGGAAUUUUGCAUAAAUAUUCAAGAGGUUCUCAAAUACUCUGCAGCCCAACCGUGGCCUUCCAAGUUAGAACAUUUUUAUUCCCUGACCACACUGAAGUCCUUGGCAGUAGCCAGAAAGAUCCAUGCCUGCCUUCCCCUCUGGGUCUUUGCCUUGCCCUUCCUGCUGCCUGAAACCUUCCUCUUUAAUUCCUGUUCAUCCUUUAGGUCUCAGCUUGGGUGUCCUCUCCUCCUAGAAGGAAACCUUCCCUGACCCUCUAGGCUGGGGUGGACAACCCCAUCAGAGCCCGGGCCACUCAAGGGUGGUCACUUGUGAUAUGUCUGUCGCUUUGUUGGUAACACACCUGAAUGAGUCACUACCAUCACCAGGAGUAGAUCAUGACCAGGGUUGUCCCCGUUCACAUCUGCAAAUUCUUCAGGUCCUGGAACACAGUAGGAAAUUCUAUCUGAGCUCACCACCCAUCUCAUGCUAGCCAGGGACUGGCUUUGAUCACAGAAGCAAGAAACAAAGCUUAGUAGAUAUUUUUUGAGGUGGUGACGGAAAAGGGGGAUGGACUGGAGUCUAAACCAGAGCACAAACCCUCAAGAGGCUCUGCGCGGUGGCCAUUCAACCAUCCGUCCCCAAAGUAAGCAUGCCAGGCUCUGGAGUCCCAGCAGUGAACAGGUUGUACGAUAGUUCAGAUCCCUCCCGAUCGUGCAAUUCAGUAGCGGGUCAGAUGGGGGUGGGGGGAGGGCGUGGAAGAGCCUCUAACUCGGGCGUCCUUUACGUUCCCGGCGGCGGGACCUGAGGGAGACACGCAUGCGCAUAGGAAGGUCCACCUUCACCCCGGAACUGUUGUUUCGGGCUUGGCGGAGCAUCGGGCCCCCCGGGAGUGUGCUCAGCCGGAAGUGGCCGCCGAGGGCCUGGGGCCGGGAUCGGCCUGUAGAGCCUACCGCGGCGGCUAACUAGUAGAGAAUCAGGAUGGAGGCCGUGGCCACCGCGGCGGCGGCCAGGGAACCCGAUGAAGGCUGCACACAGCCCGGUCCUGGGCACUGGGGGGAGCUGAGCUGGACACCGGUCCCACCCAGACCCCAGGACAAGGUGGAGGCUGCGGAAAGAGCGCCAAGGGCCCCAGAUGAUGACACCCCCGGGGCUGAGAACGCGGCGGUGAGUGCCAUGCUGCGCGCCGUGGCCGCCAGCCGCCUGCCUGUGUGCAGCCAGCAGCAGGGCGAGCCUGACCUCACCGAGCGGGAGAAGGUGGCCAUCCUGGGCCAGCUGUACCAUGAGAAGCCGCUGGUGUUCCUGGAGCGCUUCCGCACGGGCCUCCGCGAGGAGCACCUGGCCUGCUUUGGCCACUUGCGCGGCGACCAUCGUGCAGACUUCUACUGUGCCGAGGUGGCCCGGCAGGGCAGUGCCCGACCCCGCACCCUGCGCACCCGCCUACGUAACCGGCGCUACGCUGCCCUGCGUGAGCUCAUCCAAGGCGGCGAGUACUUCAGCGACGAGCAGAUGCGGUUCCGGGCCCCGCUGCUGUACGAGCAGUACAUCGGGCAGUACCUAACCCAGGAGGAGCUCAGUGCCCGCGCCCCGGCCCAGGAGCCGCCCAAGCCCGGCGCCCUCGGCACCCCCGCCUGCCCGCUCUCUGACCUGCUGCUCCAGUCCUACCAGGAGCGGGAGCUGCAGCAGCGGCUGCUCCAGCAGCAGCAGGAGGAGGAGGCCUGCCUGGAGGAGGAGGAAGAGGAGGAGAGCAGCGAUGAGGAAGACCAGAGCCCCAGCAAAGACUCGGAGGCCUGGGUCCCCGAUUCAGAAGAGAGGCUGAUCCUGCGGGAAGAGUUCACCAGCCGGAUGCACCAGCGCUUCCUGGACGGCAAAGAUGGGGACUUUGACUACAGCACCGUGGAUGACAACCCCGACUUUGACAACCUGGACAUCGUGUCGCGGGAUGAGGAGGAGAGGUACUUCGACGAGGAGGAGCCCGAGGACGCGCCCAGCCCAGAGCUGGAUGGGGACUGAUGGCCGCCGCCGCCCACCCUGCCCGCGACGCCGUCUGGGGGACGGCCUCGCUGGCUCUGGUGCCAUCGCAGCCGACUCCCUGCCCACUCUGUGUGCGGGGUUCCCUACCUUCCCCCCCGCGCCCCCGCUCCAUCUCUGAUUCUCAGGGUCUCUCUGGCUCACUUGCUUUUCCUCCCUGCCUUUGUGUCUCUUGCUUUCUGCAUCCCCCUCCCUCUUUGAGCACCUCACUGCCUUUCCUCUCUGCCUUUCUUUCUGUCCCCUUCCCUGCACCCGGGCCUCUGUCCCCACGACAGGGCCCAGGCUGAAGGUCGUCCCCUUGACCGAGGCCCUUCGUAGCUGGAGCCGGCCGGGACAAUGUCCGUGCCCCGUGUAGGGUCCGGGUGAACCCCGGGCUUCGCCCCCGGCCUCUGCCUGUUUCCCGCCUCUGUGCAGGUGCGGCUCACGCCUCCCUGCCUCUGUUUCGUUCCAUCUCCCUCAGCCUCGCUCUGGGCCUCUGGCUCUUCCCGCUGUACGCUCCCGUCUCUCGGCCCCCAUGCUACCUCUGGCCCUCCGUCUGCUUCUCAGCCUUUCUCUCUCUCUCUCUCUCUCUCUCUCUCUCUCUCUCUCUCUCUCUCUCGUUCUCUCUCGUUUCAGUGUCGUUCCCCCACCCCCACCCCCCAGCCCGGCCGCUGUGGGUAGCAGAGCCCUGACUGCUGAGGAAGGCGGCCUCGCUGGGCGGGCUACCAGCUGUCACCUCUCCCUCAGGACCCAGACUUGGGAGGGGGGUGCAGGGGCAGCACCGGGGCCAUGGGCCUGCCAGCUUGGGUGUGGCGGGAGGGGGCACAGGGAGGGGGGCUCUCCCCUCUCGGCCCCACUGCCCCUCUCUUUCCCCGGCCGCAGUGUUCCCUUCCUUCACUUCCUCCGCCUCCUUCUCCCUCUCCUGUUUACACUCCCCAAAUACGCACAGGCUGUUAUCAUGGGUCCUGAGUCAUCCCACACACAGCCUGCCCCAGCGUCCCUGCCCCCAGCUGGCCACAGGGCCCGCCCCACGGAGCCCCCUGCCGCCCCCGGCUAAUGCGAGCCAGAUGGCCUCCCGGUGACUCAGCCACUGGCCUGUGGGAACCCAGGCGUCCCGCCUUCCCAUGCCCCCACACUCAGCUGCUUGCAGGGAGGGCCACGGGCCACGGGGCAGAGAGGUGGGGCCUGGGGACCCCUCGCUCCUGGGAGCCAGAAUGAUGGCGCCCUGCCAUAGCCAAGCCUGCAGGACCCUCAGAACCACCUCCUCAGGCACACGGCCCAGAGUAAGGGGGAGACCCUGAGGCCUCCCGGGGCCACAGCUCUUGACCCCUGGGUCAAGCAGGACUAGAGCCAGACACAGAAAGUGAGAGCUGGCCGAAAGGCCAAGGGACAUUCACACGGAGAGACGGUCAAGUAUGGAAGCUCCCAGUUAGCAGUUCUAUCCUCUGCCGGGCCUGGCGCCACACUGAAUCCUCCUGACAACCCUGUGAACUAGGGACUCGCCUCCAUUCCAUAGGUGAGUCAGGGGAGGCCAGAAGGGAGGUGUUAGUUGGUCGGGGCCGCAUGGCCAGUGAAGAUGAAAAACCAAGUCUAGACCUCACAGGUCCUGGAGACCAUCCUCCUAGGCUGCGUGUCAGCUUUCAGGUCAGGGCCACCUGGAGCGGUCGGAUGUACGGACUUGCUCAAGAAGACCAAGAAAGAGAUGGCUGUGGAGGGUGAUGGCUAAGCUUGGGGGGCGGGGGUGUCCCAUGCGCCCAGCACCGCCCUGCACAGGGGCGUGGAAGUCGGCACCUGGACAGGAAGCAUCGCGGCCCCCCCUGCGCCGCCCGGAUGGUCCGCACUGCUGCCCCGGCUCCCGCGGAAGCCCAGGAUGGGCCGGCAGGGCCCGGAGAGCGCGAGGCUGACGGGUGUUUGCCCCUCGGGGACGUGUGCGCGCCCGCCCGCCCGCAGGCCCAGCGAGCUUUUCUAGCACAGGGAGCAGCCCUGCGUGAUGUGCGCGGUUUUGGCCAGUCUGUCAUUGGAUCGUUGAUGUUGUUUGUGAUAUACUUUGCCGGACGCAGACUCGUUACAUAAUAAAGUGAUGAGAGACAACAGCAGCUGAGUCAGAAUUAGGGUUAGUCAGAUGGCGGAGACAGAGGUGGGGCCAGUCAAGAGGGACUGCGGGAGACACGCCCCCGGCACAGCCCCCGCGGCUGCGACCCGGAGGUGCCCCAAGGGGCGCUGGCCCUCCGCCCCCAGCCCUGGGUCGGGGCGGACGGAGAGGCUGAGUCAGGGAGGGAGGGCCCGCUGGGGGAGAGCCCCUCCGUGGGCAUCCGGCCCCCACCCCGUCUCCCGGCUGUCGUCCUGCUGGCUGCUGCCCGCACCCCUGUCUGACCCCCCUGCGUGUCCUGCCCUCGCAUCCUGGCCCUCCCACCGCUGCCCUGCUGCGCCUCUCCUUCUACCCCUGCUCUGCUUUGCCUCCGCGCUUCUGGCCGCCCGAAGCUCCCAUCACUUCCGACCUCCACUCUUGCCCUGCCAGUCCUGCCCAGGAGCUCUGCCACCCCUCUCGCUUCCCU